UAUUCCGGAGUCCGAAUGACUUUAUAUGAAUACAUACGCGAAGAACUGUUGGGUAAGAAUCCGGACGGAACUAUACCGGUGUGGAAAGCGAUCAUCGGCGGUAUGGCCGCCGGUAUGACCGCCCAAUUCCUGGCCAGUCCGGCCGAUCUCAUCAAAGUACAGGUCCAGAUGGAGGGCAAACGGCGGCUUCAGGGGUUGGAGCCACGGGUGCACAACGCGAGGCACGCCUUCUUCAAGAUUGCCAAAGAGGGCGGCGUUCGGGGCCUUUGGAAGGGAUGGGCGCCGAACGUACAGCGGGCGGCGUUUGUCAAUUUGGGUGAUCUCACCACUUAUGACACCGCGAAGCACCUCAUCUUAAAGCACUCCAACCUUCAGGACAACUUAAUCACUCACGCCCUGUCCAGUGUCUGUUCCGGAUUUAUCGCUGCCAUUCUGGGAACGCCGGCCGAUGUGGUCAAAACUCGUGUCAUGAAUCAGCCGACAGACGCCAACGGACGCGGAAUUCUCUACAAAUCGUCGACUGACUGUCUAUUACAAGCGGUCAGAGGAGAGGGCUUUUUCUCCCUAUACAAGGGUUUCAUCCCGUGUUGGAUCAGGAUGGGUCCGUGGAGUCUAGUGUUUUGGAUCACAUACGAAGAGAUGCGCAACCAUUAUCUGUGGAUUAGUUUAAUUGUCACUCCAUUUGAUCCGCAGAUCAGUUCCGAUGGACAGCACUUAUUCACCGCGUGUUUCGAUGUGUUGAAGAUAUUGGAUGUGAGCGAUGGCCGAGCGGUCAACGAAAUCAAAUCAGAGAGUGAGGACACUAUCAUUGUGUUUGGUCUGAGCGCUGACUCCAAUACACUAGUGAUUGGCUAUCAAAGCGGUCUUUUGAGACAAUGGUUAUGGCGUCCCGACCGGCGGCUGAUCCGCACGUGGAAGUCGAUACACUCGGGACCAGUUGUGGCCAUUGUGUGCGACCCGACCGGCGGUCUGGUGGCCACCGGCGGCACCGACUCGACCAUCAAAGUGUGGCAUUCGGCUCAGAACUACUGUACGCACAAUCUUCGUGGCGCUCAGGGAGUGAUCAGUUGUGUCCACUUCUCGCCCGUCCGGUCGGACGAGAGUUAUUAUAUUUACGGCGCGGCCGACGACUAUAGUGUCCACGUUUGGGAUCUGAUGACAAGUCGUCACGUGACUAAAAUGGACGGCCACUGCAGUAAAGUGACGGCAAUUAGGUUUAGUUUAGACGAUGAGUACAUCCUUACGGCCAGUCGUGACAAACUUGUCAUCGUAUGGAAGACAUCAGACCAUCAAAUGUUACGAUCGAUACCUAUAUAUGAAUCUUUGGAAUCCAUUGAAGUGAUUGACGGGCGAAGAAUGUCAGCCAUUAAUCCAUUACAAGCGGACAAAGUGUUUGUGACGGCCGGCGAAAAGGGAGUGCUUCGGGUCUGGAACUACGGGACGGGAGACCUCUUAUAUACACAACAAAACUCAUUACUCGCUGUUAAACAAGAAUCUGAUGAACCAAACAGUGAGAGUGUAAUCAAUAGUCAGUUAAUAACGCAAACACUGUAUUGCGAGGCCAUUGAACAGAUUGUCAUCGUUUCGUAUGAAAACAAUAUAUUAUUUCAUAAAUCAAGCGACUUAUCGGCAGUCAAACAGUUUGUCGGACAUAUGGACGAAGUGUUAGACAUCGCUCUAUUGGGCGCCAAUGAGACCCACAUCGCGAUCGCCACAAACAGCCCUAAUAUCAAGAUUUUUGAGUUAAAAACAUUAAACUGUUAUCUAUUGAAAGGACACACAGAUAUCGUGCUAUCGCUGGAGACAUACCCAUCAGACCCGCUGACACUCGUCAGCUCAUCCAAAGACAACGUGAUCAGAGUGUGGAAGUUUGACGAGACAUUAUCGUCGGCCGUUUGCCAGUACUACGGCUCCGGUCACACGCAUUCGGUCACUGCCAUAGCUGUGCCGUAUCUCAAGAACCAAUUCAUUGUCAGCGGCAGCGAAGACACCACUUUGAAGAUAUGGAAGAUUCCCAAGAAAUUGCCCGACGAUUGCGGCGAUAAUAAAGCGAUCGCUUUGUCCGCCAAACAUACACAACGAGCCCACGAAAAGGUGAUCAAUGCGGUGGCGUUGUCACCGAACGACCAGUUGAUUGCCAGCGGUUCUCAAGACAAGACAGCGAAGAUAUGGGCGACCGAUGGCCUGAGACUAUUGGGCACAAUGCGCGGUCACCGCAAGAGUAUUUGGUGCGUAAAGUUCUCACCCGUGGAUCAAGUGUUGGCCACGUCGUCAGCGGACGCCACUAUCAAGAUCUGGGCUCUCGUGGACUACAGUUGUCUGAAGACAUUUGAGGGACACGACACGUCCGUAUUGAAGGUACUGUUCAUCGAUCGCGGAAUGCAAAUGAUCUCCAGCGGCAGCGACGGUAACGUCAAGAUCUGGAACAUCAAAGACAACGAAUGCGUGAAGACAUUGGACGCUCACGCGGACAAAGUGUGGGCACUGGCGCUAACGCAACAGCAAUCAGCCAAUGGCCGCACUCUCUUGAUCACCGGGAGCUCCGAUUCGGCGGUCUUUAUCUGGGAGGACGUGACCGCCGAUGAACGCGAAGAGACGGCCGCCAAACACGAGCUACAGAUAGAAAGCGAACAAAAUUUGUUGAAUUAUAUCCAGAAGAAGAAGUGGUCGAAAGCGCUGACCAUUGCUGUACGACUGGAUCAGCCGUACCGCGCCUUAAGCAUAAUGAAAGAGAUUCUACUCGACUCUGAAGGAGCCGACAAAGUGGCCGAAGUGUUGUCCCGUUUACGCGAAGAUCAGUUGCUGUCGCUGUUGGAGUACGCGAUCGUAUGGAACACUAAUAGUAGGCAUUAUAUCGUCGCUCAGUGUGUCCUCCGAGCGGUUGUCCGCCAAAUACCGCCCAAAGAACUGCUGAAAACACCGGAACUGAAGGCCAAAGUGGAGAAACUAUUGCCGUACAGCGAGAGACACAUGAGUCGCUUGACUCGUCUCCAACAG